AUGAUCGAAGUGGGUCUGAAGGUCAGCGAAGGCGAAAUCAGAGCAACGACGUACGCUGCUCUAGAAAGAGCCAAAUUCGAAUCUGUAAAUCAAGUUCUACACACAUCCCCAGCUGAUCUAGAAAAGAAGCUCGGAAUCAAGGAUUGGGAAGCUAGAGAACUAUUAAAGAACUGUGCUGAAAUCAUCUAUCCCCCAUGCCGUGUCAUGAGAGGCAGUCAGGUCAGAGCAUCAUCCUCAAAGAAGUGCACGUCAGGAGAUGACAAGCUAGAUACGUUACUGAAUGGAGGAUUCCCUGUCGGCGUCGUAACUGAGAUUUUUGGUGAAGCUGCUACCGGAAAGACAACUUUGGCUCUACAGCUCUGCAUCACUGCUCAACUGCCGGAGGAGGAAGGUGGUCUAGGCAAAGGAGCUAUAUGGAUUGCUACUGAACAGCUCUUCCCUUCCACACGAUUAUACCAUCUAGUAUCCUCCUUCCAGCAACGAUACCAAUCGCUAUCAGGCUUUGAUCCAGGCCAAUUCAUCGCCGUACUCUCUCUUCGAGAUGUAGAAACCCAACAACACAUCCUUCUCUACCAUCUAACACAUGUAAUCGACAAAAUGGACGCCGGCAUCGUCAUCAUAGACUCGAUCGCUUCCAACUUUAGAGCUGAAAAUACUGGAACAGGUAACGAAGCUCUGGAUCGUAGUAAAACACUAUAUUUAAUCGGCGCACAGCUCAAAAAACUGGCGCAGGAGAAGGGGCUCGUCGUCAUAUGUCUGAAUCAGGUUACAUCGACGCCCGAUACCCCAUUGACACCUAUACAUAACAAGCAAAGUAAUGAUACCAGGCAGAAUGCAGUACGAGAUGAUGCAGGGUGGCUUACAGGUCCAGACAACAAGUCAGAAUUCAUACUGUCGCUGAAGAAUACGAGAGAGUUUACUGGUGGUCCUGGUGAUAAUACUGUGCCUGCAUUGGGACUCGCUUGGUCUAAUAUAGUUAAUGUCCGUGUUCAGUUGCUUAGAGGGGUCGAGGAGGUUCCUAUUGAACAACAGCGACGGUCGGGUUAUAAUGGUGGUACAGAUGCUGUGACGGUCCUCACGAGAACUUGGAGACGAAUGAAGGUGUGCUUUGCGCCUCAUCUAUGUAACGGAUCUGUACAAUUUUGUAUAACGCAGGAUGGCUUCCAAGGAUUAUAG